AUGCCUUACACUCCUAUUGACAUUCAAAAAGAAGAAGCUGACUUCCAAAAAGAAGUUGCUGAAAUCAAAAAAUGGUGGUCUGAACCAAGAUGGAGAAAGACCAAGAGAAUCUAUUCUGCUGAAGACAUUGCUAAGAAGAGAGGAACCUUGAAAAUCAACCAUCCAUCAUCUCAACAAGCCGACAAAUUGUUCAAGUUGUUGGAAAAACACGAUGCUGACAAGACUGUUUCUUUCACCUUUGGUGCUUUAGACCCAAUCCACGUUGCUCAAAUGGCCAAGUACUUGGACUCCAUUUACGUUUCCGGAUGGCAAUGUUCUUCUACUGCUUCCACUUCUAACGAACCAUCUCCAGAUUUGGCUGAUUAUCCUAUGGAUACCGUCCCAAACAAGGUUGAACACUUGUGGUUUGCUCAAUUGUUCCACGACAGAAAACAAAGAGAAGAAAGAUUGACUUUGUCUAAAGAAGAAAGAGCCAAGACCCCAUACAUUGACUUCUUGAGACCAAUCAUUGCUGAUGCUGACACUGGUCAUGGUGGUAUUACUGCUAUUAUCAAAUUAACCAAGAUGUUCAUUGAAAGAGGUGCUGCUGGUAUCCAUAUUGAAGAUCAAGCUCCAGGUACCAAGAAAUGUGGUCAUAUGGCUGGUAAAGUGUUAGUCCCAGUCCAAGAACACAUUAACAGAUUGGUUGCCAUCAGAGCCUCUGCUGAUAUUUUUGGAUCCAACUUGUUGGCCGUUGCCAGAACAGACUCUGAAGCUGCCACCUUGAUCACCUCCACCAUUGAUCACAGAGACCACUACUUUAUCAUUGGUGCCACUAACCCAGAAGCCGGAGAUUUAGCUGCUUUGAUGGCUGAAGCUGAAUCUAAAGGCAUCUACGGUAACGAAUUAGCUGCCAUUGAGUCUGAAUGGACCAAGAAAGCUGGCUUGAAAUUGUUCCACGAAGCUGUUAUUGAUGAAAUCAAGAAUGGUAACUACUCUAACAAAGAUGCUUUGAUCAAGAAAUUCACUGACAAGGUUAACCCAUUGUCUCACACUUCUCACAAAGAAGCUAAGAAAUUGGCCAAGGAAUUGACUGGUAAAGAUAUUUACUUCAACUGGGAUGUUGCCAGAGCCAGAGAAGGUUACUACAGAUACCAAGGUGGUACUCAAUGUGCCGUCAUGAGAGGUAGAGCUUUUGCUCCUUACGCUGAUUUGAUUUGGAUGGAAUCCGCUUUGCCAGAUUAUGCCCAAGCUAAAGAAUUUGCCGACGGUGUUAAAGCUGCUGUCCCAGAUCAAUGGUUAGCUUACAAUUUGUCUCCAUCUUUCAACUGGAACAAGGCCAUGCCAGCUGACGAACAAGAAACUUACAUCAAGAGAUUGGGUAAAUUAGGUUACGUGUGGCAAUUCAUCACCUUGGCUGGUUUGCACACCACAGCAUUGGCUGUUGAUGACUUCUCUAACCAAUACUCUCAAAUUGGUAUGAAAGCUUACGGUCAAACUGUCCAACAACCAGAAAUCGAAAAAGGUGUGGAAGUUGUCAAACAUCAAAAAUGGUCUGGUGCUACCUAUAUUGAUGGUUUGUUGAAGAUGGUCAGUGGUGGUGUUACCUCCACUGCUGCUAUGGGUCAAGGUGUCACUGAAGAUCAAUUCAAAGAAUCCAAAGCCAAGGCUUAA